AUGGAUUCUGAUGGAUUGGAAGAUGUGUUGGACUUGUCCAAGGACAGGUCUCAGAAUCAGGGCGUCUACAUUUACCAGCCCGCAAAACCAGGGAAAUCCUCCGGCGAACGACCCUCGAAGCGCAGAAAGAUGUCAUCGAUAAAUAUUACGAAAGAGAAAUCCGAGACUGAAGGCUUUGUGCCCUUGUUGAACGGAGACGAGAGCCCCGAGUGCGUGCAAUUGAGAUACAACACAUACAAACAACUAUGGGCAGAGCAAGAGGACAGGAUUCAGGUUAUCCUGGAAGAUGUGGAUGCUGGUGUGCUGAAGGAUGUAUCGUCUUUUGUGAGGGAUACAUCACCACAAACGUAUGAGAAUCUUAUCCUGGCGCAGAGAGAUUGGGGCUUACAAAAUCAUAGAUCAAAUGGAUGUAUUCCAACGGCUCUAGUUACAGUUGGAUCGAACGUUUCCUCGCUGAGUCGACUACUUGCCCGACUUAAUGAUCAACUCAAAUCGACCAACGAGGGUGGAGUGGUGGUGCUUGAGUCGGGCGAUGCGCCUAACCUGAAGACUUCCUUGAAAAACAUAAUUCGAGCUGCAGUCACGAAUACGGAAGGGACUGAUGGAUACCAGCGCUUCCUGACUGAUCGGACUGGACCGCGUAUACUCGGAUACGACUUGGAUCUGCUCCACGAUUAUGUUCAGAGAAGAGGCACUAAAAAACUUGUCCUUGCCCUGCGAGACAGUGAAGCAUUUGACCCUGGUCUAUUGACAGAUCUAUUUUCUUUAUUCAAAUCGUGGCUUGAUCGCAUACCGUUCACAGUCUUGCUCGGAAUUUCAACAUCUGUUGAAAUUUUCGAAGGAAGACUUCCUCGAGCUUGCGUUGCAAUGCUCCAGGGUCAACACUUCGAGGUUCAAGAGGCAGGAAACUGUGUCGAUCGUAUCUACGAGGCCCUUCAGACAAGCUCGGACGGGAAGAUGUGGGUUGGUCGCAAUAUUACAAGCACACUGUUUGAGAAAGCAAGUGACUAUUUUCAAACCCCCGAGGCCUUUAGCCGUAUGGUCAAGUAUGCAUGCAUGUCGCAUUUCUUUGCCAACCCUCUGGCCGUUCUUCUGGGAAACCCAGACCCAUCCCUAUUAAACCAGAACCGAUUCUGUGAGGCGAUCAGGAAUUUGCCGUCAUUCCGAAUGUUUUGCGAGGAUCUGCUAGAAGUAGGAUCUACGAACGAGGCGCGCAGUAUGAUUGAGGAUGAUGAUUACCUUCUUCGGGCAGCUUUCGACCACGUUAAUGCGGGCCAGGAAAUAAUGCGUCAGAUCUUCAGCGCAGUGCUACUUAUUUACACAUGCCUCCAACACACCCAAGCUACCAAGAAGGCACCUGUCUCGGAUAUCUCUGUGCGCGCACUCUCUGGCGAGCUCAGCGAGUCUCCUCUGGUGGAAGAUAUGCUUGCCACAUUAAGGACUUUGGACUCAGACAAGUUGGCAGACAUACUGAUCACCCUUCCGACUUUAGCAGAAGAUUCCCCUCUUACAGAUAUCCAAGCCGAUCUGAAGACACUACUAGAGACACACUCGGAUUCGUUACCUCUACGCAGCGAAUACAACGUGAACAGCUCAGUUGUCAAAACAACUGUUGUCCAACAACGAGUUCUACUCACGAAGGGCAAGGCAAAUCUCAGGAAACAGGAUGUCGAGUUCACCCAGAUCAUCGAUCGCCUGGUUUCUGCUUUACAGGUGUAUUUUGCUGAAACCUUGGUUUCCCCACAAGAACUCUUCAUGCAUGAAGCGUUCCUAUUCGAUUUGCGCAAUCCUUUGAAGGAGACAUUCACACCUCGGCCACGAUUUGCCAUCGAACGGGCCCUGACCAGUCCAUUCGACUAUCUCAUGUCUACUACCGCCGAUGCCAAUAUUUCCGCCAAACAGCCGGCGGCUGCGAUUUUAUACCAGCUUUAUCUUGAGUCGGGUGCAUUGGUGAACGUCCACGAUCUCUGGAAGGCCUUUUACGGUGUCUAUGAGAGAGAUCAAAGCAAUCAAUGUGACGAGCGUGUGGUUAUGGCCCUGUUCUAUGGGGCCCUGUCCGAUCUGAAGAUGUUUGGAAUGGUCAAGAAUAGCCGAAAGAAGACUGAUCACUUGGCCAAGUCCUCAUGGAUGGGAAUGUAG